GCUUAGAUCUCCCCAUCCCCAGAGUGCUGACGCAUUUGCUGCUUUCGCAUCAAUCAGCAGCCUCUACAUGGGUACACUCGCUGCAGAGAGCAUGAUUUGUUUUUUAUCUCAGCCAGAAAAAAAACAUCCCAGAACAUCUGGAUUGUGAUUGCCGCCUUGCACAACAGGGUGACGGUCUGUAGCAUCUACUCUUGUUUCAGCUUUGUCAAACCACAGCGACUGUGUAGGCAUAGGUGAAAAGCUUUGGUGUAAUGCGCUCCUGCACAGGCAGAGACUGUGUGCAGAAUCAAAUGGUGUGUUUUUAUGCAUUUAGGGUACAUAUUAGAGGGCUCCUGAUGAUGUAUAUUUCAUGCAAGGCAUUAUCCUCUCAAAGCAAGCAUCGGCAUUCACUAGAUCUAGUUUUGCAGUGCUUGGGAGAUUUAAUACCGCAGCCGUUAUACAGCUCAGGACCCCUUGCUAUGAGCACUCGCAGCAAUGCAGCUGAGCGUGUUUUCUGGCUGUGGGAUGAAGAAGAGAGCUGAUGUGUGAUGUUGAGCCCUGCAUCUCUCCCCUCUCUCUACAGUCCUCUGCAAUGCUUAAUAAAAGUUGCCGUUUCCUGCUCAGUGGCUCCAGAACGAAAGCGUCUGUUGCCCAGCUAGUUAGUCCAUGGGGCAGACCGAUGCUCCAAUUUAGCUACAUCGUGCAAGAAAGCUGUGAGCUAUUCCAGUCGCUGUUGUGCUGUAGGACAGAGUAGGGCAUGGCAGCUGUAGCCCAGGACCCAGGCUGCAUGGACAGAAGGAUGCUGAAGCUGAAGUCAUCUGCACACUGAUGAGAGGGAGGGAGAGGAAGAAAGACGUCAGAAAAGGCUCGGAUUCAGACAUCACCACUGUUCAGCCACCAUCAUAGGGGGAAAAAGUACUUUCGCCUAUCUAUUACAAAACUGUUUUUCGUGUAUCAUUGUGUAUGUGGCAGGCCGUAGUGAAAGGGAUACCGAACUAUAUCGUUUCCUGUUCUUUGUGCAUCAUUUUCUCUGAUUCACUAAGAUGACUGUAGUGGACCUAUCUAUCCAAACCUGAUGGACAGCACACACCCUUACACUGUGCUGAGCAAGCUCAAUGAGCAGCGUUCACAAGGCCUCUUCUGUGAUGUCACCAUCGUGGUGGAGGAUGUAAAGUUUCGGGCCCACAAAAACAUCCUGGCUGCAUGCAGUGGAUACUUCAGAAGCAUUCUGACAACCUCUGACACAUGCAGCUCCAGCCAAGUCCUAGAGCUUAUGGACCUAAAGUCUGAGGUGUUUGGCACUAUCCUCAACUUCAUAUACUCCUCCAAGGUAACAUUGCUUGCUACAGAGAACCGAGGGGGGCUUUUAGAAGCUGGAAGAAGACUUGGAAUUCCUUUUUUAGAAAAGCUUCUGCAAGAACAGCAGCAAGAUGAAUGUGUUAAAUCCAGAGACUCAUGUGCAAUCACAAAUUCUUCAACAACAAAGAAGGAAGUUUCCAGGCCUGAGGAAACAGACAGAGCAAGAGGGCCUCGCAUUACAAAUGCCUUCUCUAUCACUGAAAUGUGUCCUGGGAACAAUCCUUUCACUCCUCUUGUGCAGAUAGACAAGGAGAGACAGUCGCCAGAUGUGGGACAGCUACCCACAAGUUUCCCUACAAUGUCAUGCAUCAAUGGGAACAGUGAGACAACCCACACCCUCUCUGAACACUCAUAUGCAGUAAACAAUUCCACUGAAGGCAAAGACACCAGUCAGUGGGACAACAGGAAAGUCUGUAAACCAGCAAUAUCCCACUCAAAGCAGUGGCUGUACAGGAACACGGGCCCGCUGAAAAAGCGCCACAGGCUGAGAGGCAUAUUAGGCAGAGGUACGCUUCCAGCACCAGCAGAUCCAAAAACAGAUAAAGCGAAAACAGCAAACCCGGCAUUAUCUGAUGGUGAUUCUGCUGCAGCUUCUGCCACUGUUAUGACACCGCCUGCACUUUUCUCAGUAGCAGAGACAGAGAAGACAACAGACACAGAGCUCUCUGCAGCCACUGACUGUGUUAACAUUGAGUUAGGUCCACCACCACUUUCACCUCAUCCAGAAGACAGCAUUUCAGUCUACAGCUGUGAGCAUUGCCCAGAGAUAUUCCAAAAUAAAGCUCUUCUCUUCAUUCACUCUGAGGUACAUAAAAAGCCUUUUGACUCUGAUUUGUUUUGUAAAUUUUGCCGAAGGAAAUUUAUACACCUUAAACGGCUACACAACCAUGAAAAGCUAUGUCCAAAGGCUGGAAGAGUCCCACAUAAGCAAGGGGCCAGGGAAAUAACAAUGAAAGAGGUUGAGAACCACUCCAGUGACAACUCAAAAAUGGAAAGCACUGCGGUGACACCUUCCUCUGCAGAUCUCUCCAUCCCAAACAUGCCAGGGCUCACUGAAGUUAACCUAACACAGCAACUUCAUGAGGAGAAGACAGUCAGGCAGAGGAUAUACAAUUGCAGUGUGUGCAAACGAGUUUAUGUCACCUUGUCCAGCCUGAGGCGUCAUGAGAACGUGCACUCCUGGCAGAUGGCCUAUCCCUGUCAUUAUUGCAAUAAAGUCUUUGCCUUGGCGGAGUAUCGUACCAAGCAUGAAAUUUGGCAUACAGGUGAACGCCGCUAUCAAUGUAUUUUCUGCCUGGAGACAUUUAUGACUUAUUAUAUCUUGAAGAACCAUCAAAAGUCCUUCCAUGGCAUUGAUCCUAGUCUAGCUGUUAAAAAAAAAUCUGCCAAUGGUGGGCUGAAAGCCAGCGUUUACCCAAUCAAGCUCUACAGGCUUCUGCCCAUGAAAUUUAGAAAAAGGCAAUACAAGACCUACAGCCAGACGUACUCUGAAAGUGUUGAGAAAGGGGACUCUUUAGACAGCAGUACUCUGAUUCCUCCAUUCGAAGAAAACAGCCUGAUCAGCCCCAGCACAACGUCAUUCCCACUUACUUUUAUGGCCACAACAAAGAUGGUCUCCCCUGUCAAGCCUCGCAUCUGCUUUGACCAACCUUAUGACCAAGUUCUUGAUCAAAGUCUCAACUGUGAACAAGAGGAGCAAAGAAGUGCAGAGAAAGAAGCUGGAGGAAGGGAUCCACCAUUCAAUAACUCUGAUAGUAUCUCAGAGCUGCCUAAUUAUGAACCUCCAACGAUGAUAAUGAACUCGGAGCAUAUUACUCAUAGUGUACCAUUCAUACACUCCUUGACUACUGUUAAAAAGUUAGGUGAGCUGUCAGCUUCGGCAAAAAUGGUUGAAGAGAUGACCAAAGAGAUACUCCAAUCUAGCACAGAGGAUCUGAUGCGGGACAGAAGAGUAGGGACAAAAACAGAGACUUACAUUGCCAAACCUGCUUGCCAGGGUCCAUCUUUGGACAGUGAAGCAAAGCCGCUAUGCCAGAUAACAGUUAAAAUAGGCAACGAAGCCAUUAUCCGCCGCAAAAUUAAGGGAUCUAAGCUCUUCCCGAAGAAGAAAAGAAAAUCCAGAGAACGAAAUGAGGAACAGGCCAGGAAUCAGUGCACUCCGCCGAGGGAAAACCCAGAGAGUGCAAGGCUUCGUCUCAGACCAGAAGCCAUCAGUUCCACUGAGACAUAUGAUGAAACCAAUGAUUGUGACAACGCUGAUCAGCUUUGGCGUCCCUACUAUUCUUACAAGGCUAAAAAGAAAACAAAGAAGUUCGGAUACAAAUACAGAAAUGCUUUGUUGCAGCCCUGUCCUGACCUUUCUGUAGACAGAGCCGGUUUUACUGAACCCCACUCUGACAGAUUGCAUUAUCCAACAGAGGAGAGCAGCUUGGGAGGUAGCGUAGGGCCGAAACAUAGUCUUAGCAGAAACUAUAGCCCCAAGCCUACCUACAACUGUGAUAUCUGUGACAGCUCUUUUAUUACAGAGACUGGACUGAAAGCUCAUGUGAUCGGUUCCCAUCCAUAUUUCUGCCGGACCUGCGGUAAACAAGGUCCUCCCGGUGAGGCGCCCUCUGGUGGAGAUUACAUCUGCAAAAGUUGCAUGGAAAAUGGCUCUUGCUUUGACAACACUCCCCAAAGCCCAAACCGAGAGAAGAAAUAUCGCUGCUCAUUCUGUCCCCAACGGUUUUUGUACCUUGCCACCAAGAGAAGUCAUGAGAAAAAACACCAGGAUUCAAUCGAUGACAGUCACAGCUAUGACACCGUCACAUCAUGUUCUACGUACUCAGACCACUCAAGGGAAGGAAGCAAACAAGACACCACCAAAAGAGAAAACAGUAGAGAUCAAGGGGACAUUGACAUAAAAUGUGAAAGCAUAAAAGAAGAACAUUUUACAACUAAUGAAAGCAAGCCAAAAAUGAAGGAUGGAUCUGACUUAAUGACUCCCUAUCAUGUGUCAUGUUCAGCUGUUAAAACUCCACCACCAUCACCGUAUGUGGAUUCACUGCCUACGCUGACAUCCUCAAAGAUGAAACACAAAGCUCAGAACAAGAGGAUCAAUGCGUAUCAUUCUACGCAUCACAUUCCAAAGAAGCAAACUUAUGACAAAGAAGGUGAUCCCAACAAGAACAUAUUGACAGGACCAAGAAAGAAUAAUCUCAUCAAUCAUGACAAAUCCAGCAUACUGUUAAGGAAGACAGACACUGAAUCUAAAGUUGCACACAUUUCGUUACACAGGCCGGAAAAAUGGGUCUGCAAAGAGGAACCCUUCUUUUAAAGACGUUUAAAGACUGCAACUAACUCUGCAAAUGGCAUUUAAGGACAAACUUUUUCGUUGAUGAUAAAUAAAAUAUACAAUGUUUUGCAUUGCAAUUUUUUUUGGACAUAACAAAUCCAACUAUUAUAAUCUAACAUCAGCAGACUGAAAUUUCAUCUACCCAUAAUCCAAUAAUGCAGUUUUUAUUUUUCACAGUUUUCCACCUAUAUGAAGGAUAUUUUUAAAGUAUUGUACAGACUUCUGACACAAACUGUACUUUGUCUUGUGUCUAUGCAUGUAAAUUAAAGUUAGUAACUCAUUGUAA